GAGGUUAUAAUUGUCUGUGUCCUCUUGGAUUUGGUGGCGAUAAUUGCAAUGAAAUGCUGCAAGUCAGUACUCCAUCAUUCAACCGAACCUCCUACCAGGAAUAUUCUUCUCCUGCUCCAAUCUCACUCACUACCAGUAUCUCCCUCUCCUUCCAUCCCACCUCAUCAAAUGGGUUGAUCCUUUACAUUGGUGACGUCUCCACGACUCGUGACUUCCUCUCCCUCUCUCUUGUCAGUGGAAGAAUCCAACUACGCUAUGACCUUGGCUCCGGCGUAGCCAUUAUAGCGAGCUCAUCCGUUAUACCAUUAAACCAGUGGACCAGUGUCACCGUCAAUAGAGUGAGGAAAGAUGGGAUACUGGUCGUUGACGGUGUCAGUACUAAUGGUAGUUCACCUGGUUUCGCUGGAUUGCUUAACCCUGUCGGUAAUUUGUACAUAGGAGGAGGGGCAGGGGGUGUGGGAGGGUAUCAGGUAUCACCUAAUGCUGGGUCUCAUGUGGGUCUCACUGGCUGUGUGGAUACUGCUACUCUUAGAGUCAAUAGCUUUGGUUUAGGUGCUGUGAUAUCAAGCAGAGGCGUCAUUCAGUGUCAGGUUGAUCCCUGCUCUCAUUCUCCCUGUCAAAAUGGCGGCUCUUGUGUCUCUAGUGAUCUCACUUACUCUUGUGUCUGCCCAUUGGGUUACUCUGGGGAUCAAUGUCAGGAAA